AGCAGCCCACUGACUGGUGGAGAGGAGGCAGAGUCAAUCCUCUCUCUCUCUAUCUCUUUCUUUCUCCUUGUCUCUUUCUCUCUCUCUCUCUCUCUCUCUCUCUCUCUCUCUUUCUCUCUCUCUUUCUCUUUCUCUCUCUCUCGCUCUCUCUCCUUCAUCUCUUCUUCCUUUCUCUCUUCUCCAGACCCACUGUCUCAGUUUCAUCUUGUGGAUAUACUGUCUAAGGACGGAGGAGAGGAGAAAAGGAUUGGAGAGAAAGUAUCUGCUGAAUGGGCAUGGAAGACCAAGAGACUGAGCUGCCGAUGGACCGGGAAAUCAGCUUCGAUCCGCUGUUCAUCGACGAGGAAGAUAAGUAUGGGGACGAUGGUGUUGAAGAGGAGACAGGCGCUUUAUUCCAGCCUCUACUGGGAGAUACCAGAACAGACACAGUCCUGACGGGCUCAGCUCACAGUCAGUCCUCCCUAUCGGAUACCUGCAGAGAGACACACCUGGAUGAGACACGAGCCCAGUUCAAGGACAUGGACACCAUGUUUAGAAGUCGUGUCGGAGAAACGACAGACUCGUUUGGGUCUCACCUGUCAACGACGGACCAAAUUAACACACACCUUAGUGGGGUAGGACAGAACCAGCCACACCUUAGUGGGUUAGGACAUAACCAGCCACACCUUAGUGGAUUAGGACAGAACCAGCCACACCUUAGUGGGGUAGGACAGAACCAGCCACACCUUAGUGGGUUAGGACAGAACCAGCCACACCUUAGUGGGGUAGGACAGAACCAGCCACACCUUAGUGGGGUAGGACAGAACCAGCCACACCUUAGUGGGGUAGGACAGAACCAGCCACACCUUAGUGGGGUAGGACAGAUCCAGCCACACCUUAGUGGGGUAGGACAGAACCAGCCACACCUUAGUGGGUUAGGACAUAACCAGCCACACCUUAGUGGGUUAGGACAGAACCAGCCACACCUUAGUGGGUUAGGACAGAACCAGCCACACCUUAGUGGGGUAGGACAGAACCAGCCACACCUUAGUGGGGUAGGACAGAUCCAGCCACACCUUAGUGGGGUAGGACAGAACCAGCCACACCUUAGUGGGUUAGGACAGAACCAGCCACACCUUAGUGGGGUAGGACAGAACCAGCCACACCUUAGUGGGUUAGGACAGAUCCAGCCACACCUUAGUGGGGUAGGACAGAACCAGCCACACCUUAGUGGGUUAGGACAGAACCAGCCACACCUUAGUGGGGUAGGACAGAUCCAGACACACCUUAGUGGGGUAGGACAGAUUCAACCAAACCUUAGUGGGUUAGGACAGAACCAGCCACACCUUAGUGGGGUAGGACAGAUCCAGACACACCUUAGUGGGGUAGGACAGAACCAGCCACACCUUAGUGGGGUAGGACAGAUCCAGACACACCUUAGUGGGUUAGGACAGAUUCAACCACACCUUAGUGGGUUAGGACAGAUUCAACCACACCUUAGUGGGUUAGGACAGAUUCAACCACACCUUAGUGGGGUAGGACAGAACCAGCCACACCUUAGUGGAUUAGGACAGAUCCAGCCACACCUUAGUGGGUUAGGACAGAUUCAACCACACCUUAGUGGGUUAGGACAGAUUCAACCACACCUUAGUGGGUUAGGACAGAUUCAACCACACCUUAGUGGGGUAGGACAGAACCAGCCACACCUUAGUGGAUUAGGACAGAUCCAGCCACACCUUAGUGGGUUAGGACAGAUUCAACCACACCUUAGUGGGUUAGGACAGAUUCAACCACACCUUAGUGGGUUAGGACAGAUUCAACCACACCUGAGGGAGAUGGAUGACCUAUUGAAGAGUUGUGAGGACAUGACAGGUGUCUCCAUCGCCUCCUGCCUGUCCAGCAUGUACACAGACACACACCUGUCUGGACCAGCUCAGAACCAGAACCAGUCAGACAUACAGAAGAUGGUUGCUAUGAUGGGGAGCUGUGGUGGUAAUGAGUGUCACACAGGUGGAUCCAUCCUGAACUACACAGACACACACGUGGAGGAGUCUAGGAACCAUUGCCAAAGUCACCUGAAGGAGGUGGAAUCCAUUUUGGAUCAGAGUGGAGCCACAGGAGCCGCUGUCCAGCCUCAGUUGCCUCCUCUUACCGCCGCAGGCACUCAGCUGAGUGGCACUAUGGCUGAGUAUCAGACCGAGCUAAUGGCGAUGCUGGCCAUGUUAGAGAACUGUAUGGAGGAGGCAGGGAUUACCUUUGACCCUUUAGAGUGGACUUACCCUAGUUUACCCAAAGGAUACGGCCAACCCAACCCCAACAUGAAAAAGGUAACACAAGACAGACACGUGGAGAGAGGAGUGGCAACACAAGGACACAAGGAGUCUGUGGGAUGUGUGGAUAUGAAGCCAUAUUUGGGAAGUACCUUUGGCCAAUUUGAGCCCCCAAGCUACCAAGCUAUCUCCACAGAGAGACACUCGGAUGAGUUAGGAGACUGUGGAGAUACACACACAAGAGGGUCCAUGUCCACGGUGAUGUGUGACGAGGACACAGAAGGACAUGUCUCCGGUGUUUCUGUGGGGGACACAGAGGCUCACAUUAUCUGGGGUCAACAACUGGAGACAGGGCUUGGAGGGGUGGAGAUGAGGGGAUCCGUGCAGGAGUUGGAGGUGUUGGGUACUGCGCUAGAGGGGUGCAUCGAGGAGGUGGAGAAACUGGAGAAGAGACGGAAUGAACUGAUGGGAGAGCUGCAGGCACUGAGAGAGGAGAAGACGGGGACAGAGGAAGGGAGUGAAGGAGGGCAGGCGGCACAGUUAAGCCAGGUGCUGAAUAUUGAGGCAGACGGGAGGAGGGAGGCGCGGAUGAGGGAGUGGCAGUCUUUGAGGGCUGAGAGGAGUGAGGAGCAGAGGAGGCUGUCCAGUGUGCGUCUGGAGAGGCAGGGUCUUCAGGAGGAGAUGAGGAGGCUGAAGAGGAGGAUGUUCUCUGUCGCCAGGGAGUGUGCUCACAACCAGGUCACCCUGGCAACCCAGCAGCGUGACGUUGCCCAGCUAAACAAAGAACAGCUGGAACUUGACGCACUGAUCAUCAAGCUGACUGAGGAGGUGUCUCAGCUCCGCUCCACCCACCAGUCCCAGCUCUCCACUCUGCAGUCCCAGCUCUCCACUCUGCAGUCCCAGCUCCAGAUCCACAGCCAGACACCCAACCCCAUAGAGGAGAUGACCGAGAGCAGGAGGAACUCCUGUGGGGAGUUACAGCAGUACCUGCAGGGGGGGCUCAAAGCCCUGGAAGAAAGGUAUGAGCCAAUGCUGCUGGCCCUGUUGAAGCGGAGGGAGGGGACGUCAGAGGCCCUGGUGAAGGCCAGGCAGCAGGCCCAGGAGCUGAGGGCCCGCCGGGGGCCACUGAGGGAGGAGGGACAGAGGCUGGGGCUGCAGAGAGCCUGCCUGGAGGAGAGACUCAAACUGACGAAGACACACAGGAGAGAGGACGUAGAGCAGUAUAAGGAGACAGUGGACAGGCUGGAGGAGACGAGCAGAGAGCAGAAGAUGGAGCUACAAAUUCAGAAGAGGAAAACCAAGGAGAUGGAGCAACUGAGAGACAGUCUUACGAAAGAAGUCUACCUGUACAGAGGCAUUGUCGAGGACCAUAACAAGAAUGAUCUAAACAGUGUGAGGGAGAAAACAUGACCACUGGGACUAAUAGAAGUCAAAUAUAAUAUGACUGUACAUAUCAUUAAGAACACCUUCCUAUUAUUGCUUUGCAGUUCUUGACACAAACCAGUGCGCCUGGCACCUACUAUCACACUCUGUUCAAAGGCAGUUGUCUUGUCCAUUCACCCUCCGAGUGACACACAUUCACAAUCCAUGUCUCAAUUGUCUCAAGGCUUAAAACUCCUUCUUUAACCUAUCUCCUCCCCUUCAUCUACAUGUCUCCUCCCCUUUCAUCUACAUGUCUCCUCCCCUUUCAUCUACACUGAUUGAAGUGGAUUUAACAAGUGACAUCAAUAAGGGAACAUAGAUUCACCUGGUCAGUUUAUGUCAUGGAAAGAGCAGGUGUUCUUAAUGUUUUGUCCACUCAGUGUUAGUCAGUUUUAGGUAACGAGACGAACUGCCCUUUGUCUGUACACAGUCACUUCUAACAUAACCUUCUUUACAAAUAGACUUUUCAGAUGCAUGUGAGAGUAUUAUCUGGAACGAUAAGAGAUAAAGAGAGAGACAUUGAAAAUUUAACUUUUUUUUUUUUAAACCAGGGAAAAAGAAAGAUGGCUGUUUCGUACACUGGCAGCUGAAACCUGAGUUACCAAUCAGGUUUGGAAAAGCUGUCUCUUUAAACACCAAAAUCUCAACAACAUCAUUAUCAUUCUAUAUUUAGACAUUGUUAAACAUCUGUAGAGCAGAAGGUUCUGGAACAGUCUGAAGAUAGAUGUGAUUUUUGUAUUCUUUAUAGAGAGCAUUGCGGUCAUGAAUAAAACAUUUUAAAAAGGG